GGAGUAGGUGACGUCAGGUCGGACGUUGGCAUAGAGUGAAACAAACAUGGCGACAGAAUCGAGUGGACUGGGCUUUCCUCUGACUUUAUUCGUGUUUUUGUGCGUGUUGGCGGGAAGGGAGGCCGAGGCAGCCACUCUGGAGUCCAAGGGCGGCACUCAGAUAUUUGGCAUGCGGCUGGAGAAGAGCGACAAGCCGGCCGGGAUCACCAAUGAGGGGAUGAUUCAGGUGACCGAGGGCAACGAGUACCUCUUCAGGUUCUACGGUACUCACUUGUUACCCAACAUCUCGGCGCUCAUCAGGUUCGCCGAACUUGAUGAAGACGAGUACCAGUCUCCUAACAGGACUUGUCCCGAACACUCGAAUGGUAUGGUAGUGAAAGGGAGCAUGCAGAUAAACUACCGUAACAACGUCGGGGUUGUCAACAUCACCGUGAAUAAGCUUCGAAAAGACGAAGAUAAGAAAGUGUUCGGAUUGUGCAUCCUCGACCCCCAGGAGAAGAACAAAUGGUUACUUCUGGAAGGCCAGGAGUUAAGAGUUCUGGUGGUGGAGGAGGAGAGCACGUCCCUGAUGCCCCUCUGGCUGGAGGUGAUCCUCAUCUGCUGCCUGUUGGUGCUGUCCGGGAUGUUCAGCGGGCUCAACCUGGGGCUGAUGGCGCUGGACCCCAUGGAGCUCCGCAUCGUGCAAAGCUGCGGCACGGACAAGGAGAAGAAGUGGGCCCGGAAGAUCGAGCCCAUCCGCAGGAAGGGCAACUACCUGCUGUGCUCACUACUGCUCGGGAACGUCCUGGUGAACACUACCCUCACUAUCCUCCUGGACGACCUCACCAAGUCCGGAGUUGGAGCUGUGGUCGCCUCCACCAUCGGCAUCGUGAUCUUUGGAGAGAUUGUGCCCCAGGCGCUGUGCUCCAGACACGGCCUGGCAGUGGGUGCCAACACUAUCCUGCUCACCAAGUUCUUCAUGCUGCUCACCUUCCCCUUGUCUUGGCCCAUCAGCAAACUCCUGGACUGCGUUUUGGGCCAGGAGAUCGGUACUGUAUAUAACCGGGAGAAGCUGGUGGAAAUGCUGAAAGUAACCGAACCCUACAACGACCUGGUGAAAGAGGAGCUCAACAUGAUCCAAGGCGCGCUGGAGCUCCGGACCAAAACGGUGGAGGACAUCAUGACGCCUCUGGGCAACUGCUUCAUGAUCAGCAGCGACGCGGUGCUGGACUUCAACACCAUGUCGGAGAUCAUGGAGAGCGGAUACACGCGAAUACCCGUCUACGAGCACGAACAGUCCAACAUCGUGGACGUCCUCUUCGUCAAAGACCUGGCCUUCGUGGACCCGGACGACUGCACCACCCUGAAGACCAUCACCAAGUUCUACAACCACGCGGUCCACUUCGUCUUCCACGACACUAAGCUGGACGCCAUGUUGGAGGAGUUUAAGAAAGGAAAGUCCCACCUUGCCAUCGUCCAGAAGGUGAACAACGAGGGCGAAGGAGAUCCGUUCUACGAGGUGCUGGGGUUGGUCACUCUGGAAGACGUGAUCGAGGAGAUAAUUAAAUCAGAGAUUCUGGAUGAAUCAGACCUUUACACUGACAAUCGCACCAGGAGGAAAGUUGCACCUGAUAAGAACAAGAGAGACUUUUCUGCCUUCAAACACGAGAGCGAAUCGAAGGUGAAGAUCUCUCCUCAGCUGCUGCUGGCCGCGCAUCGCUUCCUGGCCACAGAAGUGAGCUUGUUCAGUCCCUCUCAGAUCUCUGACAAGGUGCUGCUGCGGAUCCUCCGCUAUCCUGAUGUCAUCCAGGAGAUCAAGUUCAACGAAAGCGACAAGCGAUCGCAUCGUCACUACAUCUAUCAGAGAGGCAAGGCGGUCGACUUCUUCAUCCUCAUCCUGCAGGGUCGCGUGGAGGUGGAGGCCGGAAACGAGAACAUGAAGUUUGAAGCCGGAGCCUUUUCGUAUUAUGGCGUCAUGGCGCUCAGUGCUCCCACUCAGGUGGCCGCGCCGCGCCAUCGCCUCCUCUCCUUUAAGAGGUUUUCUCUGUUCUCUCGGUUGCCAGGUAAAACAGUUUCCUAUGACUCACUGAGGCCCCCUGCUGGACGACUCACACCAACCGUAGAGUUUCGCUCGCCGUCCCACCUCAGCGGGUUGAACCGGACGGCGUCUCUGAGCGGAGCGGACCGGACCGACACCCUGGCCGUCAGCGGGAGCAACGGCCAGCUCAACGGCAGCAUGGCUUCGCAGCACUACACCCCCGACUUCAACGUCCGGGCGCUCACCGACCUGCAGUUCGUCAAGAUCACGCGCUCGCAGUACCAGAACGGCCUGAUUGCGUCUCGCCUGGACAGCACGCCUCAGUCCCCAGAGAGCUCUCACUACUCCCAGGAGGAGACGUCGCCCUCGGCAGCCAUCACGGACCUGGAAGCAGACGCCGUCCUCACGGAGAACGGCCCGGACGAGAAGACGCUGCUGCUGCUGCUGAACGAGCAGACGCCGCCGACGGCGAACCACCAUCACAACCAGCUGGACAACAGCAGCGUCUGACCCCGAGCUUCCCCUCCCCUCCAGGGGGGGGCGCUGUCAGCACCAAACACACCUUAAAGUCCCAGAGACAAGCCAUGCGCGCAUAUCAUGUAAAUAUGCGGGAAUUCAAAAUACCAAACACUGAUGAGCCAAAACAUUACAACCACUUAAAACUCUU